AUGUCUUUCGUUACUUCCGGCCCGACGUCCUUUGAGGACAACCAAGACCGAUCUUCAUUUGGUGCCCUACAAAAGAAAUUGCGCUUGUGGUACUACCAGUACGAAGUCACAUUCUCCCUCUACAUGCUCGAGCCGACCGAAAAGAUUGUCCUGAACGCCUUCGUCCUGUCGAUGUUCAGUCUUAUGUUGUACGGCGUGGUAUAUUUCAUGCCAGAGUUUGUGAUUCAGUUUGUGACGAAGGGGAUAUCCAGUCUGUUCUGGGUGUACGUGAACGACAGCGGGAACCAGCUGUUGCUUGAUGACGCGGUGGCACCAUGGGUCAAUUCGACGUCGUCGAUGGUGGGAUGGGAUGAGCGACACAAUUUCAGGCAGAUUUCCUACGAGAUGGACAGGACCACAGGCGCCCGUAAAGCGGCGGCUGUUUCUGAGUGGGGGAUCGCUAUGCCAAGGGGAUCCCGGAGACGAGCCUCGAGCCUGAAUCGCAACAACUCCACUCAAAACAUGGCCUAUAACAAGAACGGCUGUUCACAUCUUUGA